AACUGCUUCUUUCAUGUGGAAACGUGCUCUGAACAUCCAUCGGUUAUUCUCAAUCUAACUUUCAUUUCAUUUCGAAUUUUGGAGAUUCAGAUUCAGAUCUCAAGAACAAGAAGAAGAAGAAAAACAAGAUUUUGAAGGAAAAUGUCGACGGUGUCCCCUCUCGCCAAAUACAAGCUUGUGUUCCUGGGCGAUCAAUCCGUCGGCAAAACCAGCAUCAUCACCCGCUUCAUGUACGACAAAUUCGACACCACCUACCAGGCUACUAUUGGUAUUGACUUUUUGUCAAAAACAAUGUACCUUGAAGAUCGGACAGUUCGUUUACAGCUUUGGGAUACUGCUGGGCAGGAAAGAUUUAGAAGUCUCAUUCCAAGCUACAUAAGAGAUUCUUCUGUUGCAGUUAUUGUAUAUGAUGUAGCUAACAGGCAAUCAUUUUUGAACACUACCAAGUGGGUUGAGGAGGUUCGCCAAGAACGCGGCACUGAUGUUAUUAUUGUCUUGGUUGGAAACAAAACUGAUCUUGUUGAUAAGAGGCAAGUUUCUAUAGAGGAAGGAGAAGCCAAAACCCGUGAGUUAGAAGUCAUGUUUAUAGAGACCAGUGCAAAAGCAGGCUUCAACAUCAAGCCUUUGUUUCGAAAGAUUGCUGCUGCCUUGCCAGGGAUGGAUAGUCUUUCUUCCACAAAACAGGAAGACAUGGUUGAUGUAAACUUAAAGUCCACAGGGAAUGCGUCACAGGCAGAUCAGCAAGGAGGAGGUUGUGCAUGCUAGAAAGGUUAUUUACUUGAUGACUACUUUAAUGGAAAAAUGUUGCUCGAGGAAACCUUCAAUUCACUUGAUGAGGGGCACAAAUUGCUACAAUGAUAUUGAUAUAGAAUACGGAGAAUGAUAGUUAACUUUUCUUUUUUCCCCGUUAUUUUGUACAAUUAGUCCCUCGAUGUAAGAAUACAGAUAAUAAACAAGGCCCUCUAAAUUAUCGUUAGUUAGCUGGAUGUUAUUCAUAUUCACGAAGAAAUGCAUAAUAUGCACAAGCGGAGAAAUAUGUAAAGUUGUUAACCCAACUCUGCCAUUUCUUCUGGUGAACUUUUA